GAUGUUGUGGAUGAUCGGCCUCGUCCGUCCACAAUUUAUGUGGCGCCAUUCGAUGACAACGAUCCCAAAUUCAUGUUCUUCAAGCUAUGCCAUGCACAACGAGCUGCCUUGACAGUGGCUGGAAUGGGUAUGUCUGCUGUUAUUCUAAUAUUUGUUUCGACAUUUUUCGAAUUCGAUUGGUACAGCCAUCGAACGGGCGUUGAUAUCAUCGCACUCGCCUUUUUGUUUAUUUAUCUUGUGAUCGGGACAAUGGUGCACUAUGAAGUGAUCGUUGGCAUCAGGAAGCAGUCGUCGCACUAUCUGUUGCCCUUUAUCAUCGUCUAUGCGCCCACCAUGGGAACCGAAGCACUCUUCAUAGUGAUUCACAUGUUACAUAUCCACUCGCCGACCCUCGAUUUCGCAUACAGGGAAGAGGCAAAUGGCCUAUACAUAUUCUUCAUUGUUGUCCUGAUAAUAACGCUGAUAAUCCAAGGAGCCAUGCUGGCCGCGGUGUGCCAGUGUCGAUACUAUCUCUCAUGCAAAGAGAUGCAUUUAGCUGCCUUGAAAGUAGCCGAAAGCAGCGUAUGUUUUUUCCCAUUUUUAUUGCAAAUUGUGAGAAUUUGA